UCUUGCCACCUUCAACAUUAAAGAACACUCGCCAGUCCCGUCUUCAUCCAGCAACACCAAAAGCUUGCAAGAUACCUUACGUUUCGAGAUUCCUCUGACCGAAUAAACACAUUGAGCAACUCGAAUCACCGAUUGUACAUCAUGUCUUCCACCAUCAACACCGUCGCUGUCCUCGGUGGCACGGGCAACAUAGGCACCCACAUAGUCCGCGGUCUCCUUGUCGGCGGUUUCACCGUGACCAUUCUCACCCGCGCCAAUUCCUCCUCCCCGCGUCCCACCUUCGACCCAUAUCCCGUCCGCUUCCUCGAAGUCGACUAUUCCUCCCCUUCCUCCCUGGCCUCCGCUUUCCAAGGCCAAGACGCCGUGGUCUCGACCAUCGCCACCGGUGCAGUGCAAGAGCAAAAGAAGGUUAUUGAUGCGGCUAUCGAGGCGGGCGUCAAGAGAUUCGUGCCGAGCGAGUUUGGAGUUCACACGCGCAAGGAAGGGGUGGAGAAGACGAGGCUUGGGGGGUUGUUGGAGGGGAAGAGGGCGGUAGUUGAUUACCUUAUUGGCAAGGAGGGAGAUAUUAGUUGGACUGGGUUGUCGACGGGGCUCUUUUUUGAUUCGGCGUUAUCCAAGGGUCUGGCUGGAGUCAACGUCGAAAACGGCACCGCUACCAUUGUCGACUCCGGCAACGAACUCUGGCCCGCCUCCCUACGGUCUCACGUCGGCCGCACCGUCUCCGAAAUCCUGCGCCACCCCGACCUCACCAAGAACCAGUACCUCGCUACGGCGUCGUUCAACGUUUCGCAGAACCAGCUUGUCAAACUCGUCGAGGAGCUGACGGGCAAGAAGCUGGAGGUUACCCAUGUCAGCUCAAAGGAUCUUUUUCAGCAGGGCGAGGAGAAGUUGAAGAAGGGGGAUUAUAGCGCGUUUGUGGAGUUUUUGCAGGUCCAUUUCUUGGCAGAUGGGGCGGGGAAUAAGCUGGCAGAGCAGGAGAGUGCGAAUGAGAAGUUGCGGUUGCAGACGGAGGACGUAAAAGCUGCGCUUAGGGGGUGGUUGGAGAGUGAGGGUUUGUUGGCUGCUUGAGGGUUGACUUUGUAGUUCUUGGGCUGGAUGUUUAUGACUGACGGGAUUAGGAAGUUACUUCAGCUUGCGGUACCGAAUUGACGUUUCUUUUCAAUGACAGUGGG